GCUCAACCGUCGAAUCGAAAACACUUGCAUUCUAUCCACAUUCAUAAAUCAUCAACUUUUCUUCCAUUUGUAUUUUCCAGUGACUGUGUCAAAUCAAAACAAUUUCCUCUCAUUCCCAUCGAUCUUCAUUCGCGAUCAAUCAAAGCCUUCUUAGAAGUGAAUUAAGUCCGAGUUAAAGUGACUGUGCGUGCCGAAAUUUGAGGGCCGAAAAUUGCGACGAACGCGCGCCUUAAUUGGAUAUUUCGAGGUGUUCUUUUCACCAGAGAUUUCAGCGACACUUUUCAGACGUUUUCCUCGACUCUGAGUCAACAAGGCGGCUCAUUAGGCAGCAAAACACAAUGGGUGGCUUUGAGCAGAGACCGUGGACGCCGACGAAGCGCCGAGGCCCAAUUGCUGCCGAACAUUCGAGUCCCGGACCAGCUCUAGUCCAGCUCCCGACGCUCAUCGGCAUCAAAGUUCCCGACUCGCGACGCACAGCAGCGCCUGCCUACAGCUUUGGCUCUCGCCACCGGGCGCGAUCGGAGACGUACGGCCCCGGGCCGGCGCAGUACAACAUCAUCGGCCUCGGCUCCAGAGGCAAAGACACCCCGCCGUCCAUGUCGCUUCAGAGCAGGCCGCGCGGCAAGAGCUCCUUCCUCACGCCGGCGCCCGGCGAGUACAAUGUGGACAAGGCGGAGAAGAGGAUCUCCGAGGCGGCGCCAAAGUACACGUUCGGCCUCAAGAGCACCGCCGAGAAAGUCAGCCAGACUCCAGCGCCUGGCACGUACAACCCUGAGAAAGUAGCUUUAAAUAGAUCACCCAAAUACAGUUUUGGCAUUAAAGUUGCGCGCAAAGUAGUUAACGAUACGCCAGCUCCGGGAACGUACUGCCCAGAGAAAAAAGAGAUUAAAUCCAGUCCAAGGUACAGCUUUGGCGUGAAGACAAAUAACGAGAAGACCAGUGACACUCCGGCUCCUGGUGCGUAUGAAACAGAGAAAGUCAACUUGGACACAACGCCAGCCUAUUCAUUUGGGGUGAGGGUGAAUCGGGAAAAGCCAAGUGAUAUCCCAGCUCCUGGAGCUUACUGCCCAGAGAAGGUCAAUCUCGAUCACACUCCUCGCUACUCAUUCGGAGUGAAGGUCGAUCAACCCGUGAAGAAUGACGCUCCGGCGCCAGGAACUUAUUGUCCAGAGAAAGUCAAUCUUGACCACACGCCAGCUUACUCUUUUGGGGUGAAGUGUGAUCAGAAGAACAGGGAUUGCUUCCCAGCUCCUGGAGCUUAUAACACUGAGAAGGUUCAGCUUGAUCACACCCCAGCUUAUUCCUUUGGGGUUAAAGUGGAUCAAACUGUGAGAAGUGAUGCUCCUGCGCCAGGAACUUACUGUCCGGAGAAGGUGAAUCUCGAUCACACUCCUUCUUAUUCCUUCGGAGUGAAAUGCGAUCAGAAAAACAAAGAUUUCACUCCAGCUCCGGGAGCUUAUAACACUGAGAAGGUCAAUCUUGACCAUCCUCCGGCGUAUUCCUUCGGAAUAAGAGUAGAUGAACCUAUCAAAAGUGAUAUUCCCGCCCCAGGAACCUAUUGUCCUGAAAAAGUUAACCUGGAUCAUCCUCCAGCGUAUUCCUUUGGCGUGAAGUGUGAUCAGAAGAAUAAGAAUAACACUCCAGCUCCAGGAGCGUACAAUCCAGAGAAGGUUCAACUUGAUCACACGCCAGCUUACUCGUUUGGAGUGAGAGUUGAUCAACCGCUGAAGAGUGAUGUUCCUGCUCCGGGAACUUACAGUCCUGAGAAGGUCAAUCUCGAUCACACUCCUUCUUAUUCCUUUGGUGUGAAAUGUGAUCAAGUGAAUAAGAAUUCAAAUCCCGCUCCUGGAGCUUACAAUCCCGACAAACCCGAGCACACGCCGUCCUAUUCCUUCGGGAUAAAGGUCGAUCAGCCAGUUAAGAGCGAUGCUCCGGCGCCGGGAACUUACUGUCCGGAAAAGGUCAAUCUUGAUCAUCCUCCAGCUUAUUCAUUUGGAGUGAAAUGUGAUCAGAAGAAUAAGGAUUGCUUCCCUGCUCCAGGAGCUUACAACCCUGAUAAGGUCGAUCAUACACCAUCUUAUUCCUUUGGUAUCAAAGUAGAUCAACCGAUAAAGAGUGAUGCUCCCGCCCCAGGAACAUAUUGUCCUGAGAAGGUGAAUCUUGAUCAAACUCCCUCUUAUUCGUUUGGCGUGAAGUGUGAUCAGAAGAUCAAGAAUUGCACUCCAGCUCCUGGAGCUUACAAUCCCGACAAACCCGAACACACGCCGUCCUAUUCCUUCGGGAUAAAGGUCGAUCAGCCUGUUAAGAGCGAUGCUCCGGCACCGGGAACUUACUGUCCGGAGAAGGUGAAUCUCGAUCACACGCCAGCUUAUUCAUUUGGCGAGAAAUGCGAGCAGAAAGUGAAGAAUUUCACGCCAGCUCCGGGAGCUUAUAACACUGAGAAGGUAAAUCUCGACAACCCACCAGCUUACUCUUUCGGGAUUAGAGUUGAUCAGCCUAUCAAAAGUGAUAUUCCCGCCCCGGGAACUUAUUGUCCUGAGAAAGUCAAUCUUGACCAUACGCCAGCUUACUCUUUUGGGGUGAAGUGUGAUCAGAAGAACAAGGAUUGCUUCCCAGCUCCUGGAGCUUAUAACACUGAGAAGGUUCAGCUAGAUCACACCCCAGCUUAUUCCUUUGGGGUUAAAGUGGAUCAAACUGUGAGAAGUGAUGCUCCUGCGCCAGGAACUUACUGUCCGGAGAAGGUGAAUCUCGAUCACACGCCAGCUUAUUCAUUUGGAGUGAAAUGCGAUCAGAAAAUUAAGGAAUUCACUCCAGCUCCGGGAGCUUAUAACACUGAGAAAGUCAAUCUUGAUCAUCCUCCGGCGUAUUCCUUCGGGAUUAAGGUGACUCAGGACGUAACUAGCGAUGCCCCAGCUCCAGGAACUUAUAAUCCCGAGAAAUCGAAUUUAGAUCACACGCCAUCGUAUUCCUUUGGAGUGAAGGUGAACCGUGAGAAGCCAAACGACACUCCAGCUCCUGGAACUUACUGUCCUGAGAAGGUCAAUCUCGAUCACACGCCAGCCUAUUCCUUCGGCAUGAAAGUCAAUCACGAGAAGCCUAGCGACACUCCUGCACCUGGAUGCUAUAUGCCUGAGAAAGUAGUGCUAGAUCAUACACCCGCUUAUACAUUUGGGCUGAAAGUGAAGCAAGAGAAGUUCAGUGACACUCCAGCUCCCAAUGUCUAUCGCAUCCCCACAAUCUUGGGGAGCAGCAGAGAAGGUGGCAUCCGAUCCGCGCCCGCCUUUACUAUCACAGGCCGUCAUAAGCCAUCAAUUCCACCCACGGUCAGCGUUCCCGGGCCGGGAUCCUACGAUGCCAAGCUGGAGUUGCUGCAGCGCAAGUCGCCAAUGUACUCCAUGGCCACGAGAUUCCGGCAGCCCAAUGACAACCACAUGAAACCCGGACCAGGCGCCCACUGUCCUGAGAAAAUCAAUUUGGGCCACGUUCCGUCCUACAGUUUUGGGAUCAAACACUCACGCUACCUAGGAAACUUCACGGAGCUCAAAUCGUGCUAGGCGAUCAACCACACACAAAUCUUGGCUUCGGAUUAAUCCGCGCGCAAAAAUUGUAACGAACGAAAUUCCAAAUGAACGACAAAACUAAUGAAUUUAGUAUUGAACAUAAUAAAACUCUGUGCCACCC